AUGGCCGGUCUUCUCGGAGGUGUUACCAAGAACCUCGAUGAUACCCUCACCGGAGGCGAGGAGCAAAAGGGACAGGGCGGCCUUCUCGGCGGAGUCACAAACACAGUUGGACAGACCGUAGAUGGAGCUGGAAAGACUGUCAGCGGAACCGUUGAUGGUGUUGGAAAGACUGCUGGAGGUGCCACAAGCGGUGUCACCAAGACUGUUGGAGGGGUUGCGGAUCAGGCUGGAGGUGCGGCGGGAGGUGCGACAGGACAGAAGAAGGCGUGA